UCAUUACAGAAACCUGCACAUCCAGCCCCUGUCCAUGUGCACGAUUGCCUCUCUCAACCAUUCCUCCCUAACAUUCCAAAAAAGAUGAGGGAUUGACUGCUUGACUAUGGACACAGAGAAAGUUAAAGGAAUACAUUUUAUCUGAAACACUUUGGAUCAAUCCUUCAGAACUUUUCUUGAUUGAAAGUUCUUUACAAAGGCAUCAUUACAAGUCUGUGUUUACUGCAACGGCUGGAUCUGAUUUUCCUUUUGGGACUGUGGACUUUGAUCAGCGAAUAAACAACCCUGAACAUUAAAACAUUGUUUCCUGUUUAAACGGGCUGUGAAAGCCCUGUCAAAUCACAAUGGCCACCCUCCUGCAUCUUAAUGCCAAUGAUCUACAAAUCAAAGGUGAAGAUAGAUCAACAUCCACAUCUCCCUCUGGUUCCCCUUCUCCUUCCAGGAAUGAGUGCAGUAUCGCACCUUUAACUCCCUCCCCAUCUCCGAGGACUGAAGUGAGACCAGGCGUGGCUCGUCCAUUCUCUGUAGUUGUUGCAAUAGAUUUUGGGACCACCUCCAGUGGGUAUGCCUUCAGUUUCACAGAGGAUCCUGAGACCAUUCACAUGAUGAGACGAUGGGAGGGAGGGGACCCUGGAGUAGCCAAUCAGAAAAGUCCAACAUGUCUGCUGCUGACCCCUGACCUCCGGUUCCACAGUUUUGGCUUUGCAGCCCGAGACAGCUACCACGACCUCGACCCCGAGGAAGCCAAGCACUGGCUCUACUUUGACAAAUUCAAAAUGAAAAUCCACAGCACCAGUGAUCUCACUAUGGAGACAGAGCUGGUUUCUGUUAGUGGAAGAAGAGUUCGAGCCAUUGAGGUGUUCGCUCAUGCUUUGAAAUUCUUCAGAGAACAUGCUUUAAAGGAGGUGAAGGACCAGUCAUCUUCAGUGCUGGAAGGUAAUGAAGUACGAUGGGUCAUCACAGUUCCUGCUGUGUGGAGGCAACCGGCCAAGCAGUUCAUGCGAGAAGCCGCAUAUCUGGCAGGUCUGGCCACUUCAGAGUCUCCCGAACAGCUUCUCAUAGCCCUUGAACCAGAGGCUGCCUCCAUCUACUGCAGGAAGCUUCGUCUACACCAGGUCAUUGACCUCAGUCUACGGCCAAUGACUAAUGGUCUCGAUCUAGAUGGGUCCCGCCCCUUCGAUUCUAGUUUCAGACAAGCUCGCGAACAGCUCCGCAGGUCCAGGCAUAGCCGAACCUUUCUGGUGGAGAGUGGUACUGGAGAGUUGUGGUCUGAGAUGCAGACGGGUGAUCGGUAUAUUGUGGUAGACUGUGGCGGUGGGACAGUGGAUCUUACUGUGCAUCAGAUCGAGCAGCCGCAGGGCAGUUUGAAGGAGCUUUACAAAGCCUCGGGGGGUCCUUAUGGAGCAGUUGGUGUCGAUCUUGCUUUUGAGGCCAUGUUAUGCCGGAUCUUUGGUACUGACUUCAUUGAGAGUUUCAAAGCGAAACGUCCAGCAGCUUGGGUGGACCUCACAAUUGCGUUUGAAGCACGCAAGCGCACUGCAGCUCCUGGCCGGGCCAACUCCUUAAACAUCUUGCUGCCCUUCUCCUUUAUUGACUUUUAUAAACGACAGCGGGGGCAGAGUGUGGAGACCGCCCUGCGCAAAAGCAAUAUGAAUUUCAUAAAGUGGUCAUCUCAAGGGAUGCUGAGACUGUCAGCAGAGGCAUUGAAUGAACUCUUUCAGCCGACCAUCAACAAUAUCAUCAAACAUAUUGGUAAGAUUGUUAACAGUGAUAUAAAGCCAAGGAUUAUUGAUUCAUUUUCUGACAUUUUAUCGACAGAGGAAUUGAUGCAGAAGGAAGAGGUAAAAGGCGUGCGCUUUCUCUUCUUGGUCGGCGGAUUCGCAGAGUCGCCCAUGCUUCAGCGAGCGGCCCAGAAUGCACUGGGGCGAACCUGCCGCAUCAUAAUUCCACACGAUGUGGGUCUUACCAUCCUGAAGGGUGCCGUCUUGUUUGGUCUAGACCCCACCGUAGUCCGUGUACGCCGUUGUCCGUUAACUUACGGCGUUGGUGUUUUAAACCGUUUCGUUGAACGCCGACACCCCCGUGAUAAGCUACUCAUCAAAGAAGGCCGAGAAUGGUGCACUGACAUCCUAGACCGCUUCGUGAGCGUCGAUCAGUCGGUGGCUUUGGGUGAGAUGGUGAGGCGGAGCUACACUCCAGCAAGAGUGGGACAGAGGAAGAUUAUCAUCAACAUCUACUGCAGCGACACUGACGAUGUUAUCUACAUUACUGACCCUGGGGUGAGGAAGUGUGGUGCCAUAACUCUAGAUCUCCUCGAGGGGGCGACAGCAGCUUGCGUUGGUGAUAAAGAACGCAGAGAGAUUCGUGCCACCAUGCAGUUUGGAGAUACGGAAAUUAAAGUGACAGCUGUUGAUGUGUCCACUGGGCAACUGGUGAGGGCGUCGAUUGACUUUCUGUCCAAUUGAACCUGUUGAGCUGAGCUGUUUGUGGAGAACUGUGUAAAAUGUAAUAUCACAUUCAUAAUGACUCAUUAACUGGAAGGUUACUGAAAUUUCCUAUUGUUUUUAAGCAAGGUGCCAACUUUCUCCAUGAGAACUGUCUUUGUAUUGAAUUGCUAUGGAUAAGAGUAAAAAUGAUUAGCAAUGCAGGUUACAGGUUAAAUUGCCUAAAGGGAUUUUGGAAAUAUUAUCAUAUUAGAUGUACAUGUCUGGGCUUUCAAUUACUAGAAAAAAAUGUGAACUUUUGAAUCAAACAUUUUUACGUAGAGCAAUUCUAUCAAACUCUACCCACAAAACCUACAUCACAACGGGAGGUCUAGCUGCAGCCGAUGGGGCGAGUGGAGGUCCACUCUUGAACAGGAAAUAUGUCACCUCCACUCAAUAAUAAAGGUGGUGUAAAAUGGGGUCACUGAGCUCUCCGAAGUUCAAACUUUAACUCGUAGGCUUAAUUUUAUCUCAGUAUCCCUACACUACUUGCAGACUGAUGCUGUCUUAACGUGCAAUGCAAGCACAACGCAUAUGGCUACGGUGAAAUUAUUCAAAAAUGAUGAAUAAACACAAUGUAUUUAUAUAUUUUAAACCAUUAAAAUAUUGAUGUCUCGCGAAUGUUAGCUGAUGUUGCAUGAAUUUCUUUAAAAUUCAGGUUUAGAAAAUCUGCUUUUUUAUAAAAUCCACCAAAGUCCUGAAAACCCUGAUGUUACACACCCCAUUACCAUUGGUGCCGAUAUACACCUAAACAUGUUGGUUGCGAGCCAUUAAAAGGAUAGAAGAAGACGUCUGUUGAUCGCUAUUUACUGUUACUUGCAGUUGAUGUGUUUUGUAAAUAUAGUUUGUGUUUUUUACUCAACACAAUUAAAACUUAAUUUGUGGAAAUUAUUCAACAUUUACUGUGGUUGAUUUCUAAGUUAUUUUGCUUUAAAUAUAAAAUUCCUAAAUUAUUUGUGUUCACAUUUUUCAUUUUUAUGAAUUUGAUGUUUCAUUUAUUGUUCACUGGUAACUAUUAUAAUGUUUAAUUUCUAAAUAGAAACCUGGAAGCAAUGUCUAGAUUUAAUAACAUUUAAACAAUAAUUUUGCAGAAUUAAAACAUUACAAGUAUUUCUUGACAUAAAAACAGCGCCAUUUCAUAAAUGACUUUCGCGUUAAGGUCAGAAUUAGGUGAAGUAUAUCCGCUCGAGCUUCGAGUGGAGGUGACGUACUCGUCCCAUAGGCUGCAGCCAGCCCCUAUUGGAAGAAGUCCCCACCAAAAAGCCUCACAGAUUUAAGGCGUAUGUAACUUAAGAGAUGGAGUAAAUACAUAAACUGUAACACUUUGCUGUAGCUCUGCAUUUCGAUUUGUUUGUAGACACUGAAUUAUUUUUUUCUGGUGAUGAAUGCCCCACAUGCGGUUAGUAAACGUUAGGUUAACGUUACAUUAUACAAAAUAUUAGUUUCCAACUUUAUACACAGUUGUCUUUAAUCAGAUUUCUUAAAAAAGCCAUUAUUCUUGUAAACAUUAUUCUACAACUAAAGAUUUAUCUAAAGAAUGGGAAGGUUGUUAUGCCACCUGGUGGUAUAUUAAGGAGUGAUAAGUUGGAAUAUAUCUAGUUAAAGAUAAACAGAAAAAUGCUUCGAUUAACUUUCUUGUUUUCUCGCAGGUACAUGACAAGUAUUUACGUGGUGAAAUGUUCUGUAAGAAUGUUUUUAAAAGUUUGGCGUGUUUUUUUAAAUUGUGGUCUUACCAGCUACACGCCAGUUUUAUCCAUUUUAGUUUGUUAAAAAAAAUGUUUUCAGUUUUCUUGCAUUUAGAUUCUCAUGUUAACUCUACCUCCUAAAACCUAACUUAUUUUGGCUUUAAUUUCAAAUCUGUCUGUUGUAUAUUUUAUAUAGAAAUUUUUUUUUUCUCCGAAAAAUCACAAGUCAUUCCAUUAUUUUGGCAUUAGGGAAGGGGUAAAUGAUAUAUCUCACAGUAAUCUAAUAAUUUCUCAAAAUAUAUACUUAACAUACUACGAUAUUGUAUACCAAUCCAUGUGG